CCUCCGGGGCGGCGCGGACGGGCUCGGCCCGAGCCCGGGCCCCGUAGCCUGUCUCCGGUGCGCAGCCAUGGCGAGCCUCCUGCCUCGGCGGGCCCCCGCCACCGCCGCUGCCCGCCGUCUCCUCCUCCUCCCCCCGCCGCCCCCGGGCGCGGCGGCGGCGCGGCGCGGCAACAGGGCGCUCCCCGCCGCCCUGGUGCGCCGGGCCGGCCUGGUGGGCGGCCGCUGGGUGGAGACGCCCGCCGCUUUCCCCGUGUGGGACCCGGCCAGCGGCGAGGAGCUGGGCCGGGUGGCGGACUGCGGGGCGGCCGAGGCGCGGGCGGCCGUGCGGGCUGCCCACGAGGCCGGCGCCUCCUGGGGCCGCCUCCCCGCCAAGGAGAGGAGCGCGGGCCUCCGCAGGUGGUACGAGCUGAUGGUGGAGAACAAGGACGAGCUGGCCAGGAUCAUCACGGCCGAGAACGGGAAGCCUCUGAAAGAAGCACAGGGUGAAAUCCUAUAUUCUGCCUCAUUUCUGGAGUGGUUUGCGGAGGAAGCUCGUCGGGUUUAUGGAGAUGUCAUUCCAGCGUCUGCAAAAGACAGAAGAAUCCUAGUGCUGAAGCAGCCAGUAGGAGUGGCAGCCAUUAUAACCCCGUGGAAUUUCCCCAGUGCUAUGAUUACCCGGAAGGUUGGUGCAGCUCUGGCAGCUGGCUGUACGGUGGUAGUGAAACCUGCAGAGGACACACCGUUAUCAGCACUAGCUCUUGGGGAGCUUGCAAACCAGGCUGGAAUUCCAGCAGGAGUGUAUAAUGUUGUUCCUUGUUCCAGACAACAGACACCAGCUGUUGGGGAAGUUCUGUGCACUGAUCCAUUGGUAGCCAAAAUAUCUUUUACUGGCUCCACAGCAACAGGAAAGAUAUUGCUGAAACAUGCAGCUGGCACUGUGAAGCGAGUUUCCAUGGAGCUUGGAGGACACGCUCCUUUUAUAGUUUUUGAUAGCGCCAAUGUGGACCGUGCUGUUGCAGGCGCCCUUGCUUCCAAGUAUAGAAACUCAGGGCAGACCUGUGUUUGCACAAACCGUUUCCUGGUGCAAAAGGGAAUCCAUGACAGAUUUGUGGAAAAGUUUGCUAAAGCUAUAGAGAGAGAACUACAUGUCGGAAGUGGAUUUGAUGCAAAAACUACCCAAGGGCCGCUAAUUAAUGAGAAAGCAGUGGAGAAGGUAGAGAGACACAUUAAUGAUGCAGUUUCUCAAGGAGCAUCUAUUGUGACUGGAGGGAGGCGACACAGCUUGGGGAAGAAUUUCUUUGAGCCAACAUUACUUAGUAAUGUUACAACAAAAAUGCUUUGCACCCAAGAGGAGACUUUUGGCCCUUUAGCACCUGUUAUCAAAUUUGAGACUGAAGCAGAAGCUAUUGCUAUAGCAAACGCAGCUGAUGUGGGUUUAGCAGGAUAUUUCUAUUCCCAAGAUCCGGCUCAGAUCUGGAGAGUUGCAGAACAGCUGGAAGUUGGCAUGGUUGGUGUUAAUGAAGGCAUAGUCUCCUCAGUGGAGAGUCCUUUUGGUGGGGUGAAACAGUCUGGCUUAGGGCGAGAAGGUUCAAAAUACGGCAUUGAUGAAUACUUAGAAAUAAAAUAUGUCUGCUUUGGAGGCUUAUAAAAAUCUUCAAAAAGCACAAUCCCCACAGCUUGGAGAAGAGUGCUGUAGUUUUAAUAAACUUCUUGAACCAGAGAUAAGUAUGAAUGCAACUUCUACCGUCUUUAAAACUAAGCAACCCUGUUCUGUAUGUGUAGAAUUUACAGUAUUCUGUGCUGCCAUAUGUUUUUACAGGUUCUUUAUACAUUCAGUUUUUCAGUAAUGUGAUACCAUGUCCAUCAUUUUUUGUAACAAGUAGGGAAGAAUGCACAUUUAUUAUUCUUGGAUUACCCCUGUGUAACUGGGAGGACUUGGAGUCUCGUGCAUAAUGAAAAUAGACCAUAACCUACAGCAAGGGGAAACUAGACCACCAUUUUCUGCUGCCUCUAAUGUUUCAGUGUGGAUGUGGGAGGCUUUGGGGACAGCAGUCUCCUUUUAGAAUUUUGUGUAAAUACCCACAUUUUCUAAUGUGGUUAUGUGACCUUCUUUUAGAAGCAGGCGUGUCUUUUUUUUUUUUUGUAAUUGUGGGAAAAUCUGAUGCUUAUGAAAGGUGAGGAGUUGCUUCUAACUACAGCUUGGCGUCCGUGCAGGCAAACGGACAGCUUUUUCAAUGCAUGUUAAUGUUGGCUGCACAGCUGCCACCUGUUCAGCUUUGGGCUUCUGAGCAAAGAGCUGUAAUUUGUGCCUAACAGCUUAUAUGCCUGGGAUCAAAUACGGCCCUUGUUUGAUGUCCGUGAGCCCUAGCAGUCCUGGGAACAGCACAGCCCACGACAAGGAGCUGCUGGCUUAGUGAGCAGCAGGAGGAAGAUGGGAUGCUUACCUGCAGGAGUAACUUGCAGAAUUGUAAGGGGACAUUGUAAGAGCCGAGUGAAAGCAGCACAAUAUAGAUAAACUCCCUUCCAUUAAAGAACAUGACUAUCCUUGGGUAGAAGUACAGUCACUGAUGCAAAAGUUGCUCAGUGUCUAAAGGAACAUUACUCACCACCGCCAACAAACAUGAGUAGAUAGAUGGUUCCAUUCCUGUGGGCUUUGUGCCUUGAAUUGGACUUGUGGUUACACAGGUGAAUGUCCAUUAGGGAGGAAGGUUUACAAACCUUUGCACUUGACUAACCUGUGACCUAAUAAAGAUGUAAAUAGAAGUGAUUAGAGGUGAGACGUCAACACAUCACCUCACUAUUUUGUCAUCUUCAAAAGAUGAUGUAAAACUUCCUUAAUGCAAAUAAACAAUGCUGUUUAAACGUUAUUUUAAUGGCAGUCAAAAAAAGCACUUUAAAAAAUGUGCAAUGUUAAUUUGGCAAAUAAAUUAGCACCACAGAGGCUAAGGGGAAUAAGUUUUGUUUCUUUUGUUGGUUAACUUUAUUUGGUGGGGCUUUACUCAUUAACUAUUAAAUAAAAGAAGGCAACAGAGCUCUUCUUCCUAUACACUAAUGAAUGUACUCUUUGAAAUGGGAUAUUUUAUCCAACCACGCGAAGAGGUACCAGGCAACACAAGACUUGGGAGGGGGCACAGGGGGACACAGGGCAAGUCAGAACUGAGUUUCACAGUUUUGUGUUUUUUUAAAGCGCACAUAAGGUAGCAUUGACUGCUACUUAUUAUUUCUAAGUAUUUUUUAAUGGUUAUAUUUGUGUAACACUUGAGACCAGUUGGGUCUGGAGCACGUUAUUCUGGCAGCAGAGCGUGUGCACAUCAGGCCAACCAAAGGGCAGUUAAAGUCUGCGUAACUGCCCUGCCAGUAAUUUCCAUUGCACCAGAAACGCACAUUUAAGAUAGUGAGGACUUCAUACUGCUAUCAGUUGCAACAUGUGUGCUUGUUGUCAAGAACAAAAAAAGGAUGGCCUAUUUCUACAGUAGUUGCAAGAAACUUUCUUGUCGCCAACGUGUCAGCUUGCGCUAUUGAGCGCACAGGGUGCCUCAGUUGGGGGAAUACAGUGCUGUGGAAGAGGAAGCUGUUUGCCAGCCUUGGCUGCUGAUACGUGCUUAUUUCUUAUUGGAAAGAGUAACUAGGCAGGAGGAGGUCGUAACUUGGUGCUUGGGUACCACAACACAGUGAUGCAGGCACACUUACAGGUAUUGUACACAGGUAGAGUACCUGCCACUGAAAUUGCACAGACUUCAAAUGUACCUGCCUGAGUACUGCAGUAUAAAGUCAGAAUUGCAGUUCUCAUUUACUGCUGUAUAACAGUGCAGUCUUGAAUGUGGGUGUACUGCCUGGGACCGUGCAGCUGGAACAUAAAUUCUUUAAUCCACUGCUCCAUUCAUUGCAAAGUUAUUAAUCCGAUACAUUGGUGCAUUAAAAAUCUUUGUCUUUCCUGAGAAUAGCACUUAAAAUUCAUGAGUAAAUGUUUACUUUUUUUCUAGCAAAUAAUACCUUUUGCUAUGCCUGAUAACAAGCACAAACCAUAAUUAAAGAUAAGGUAUGUAAUAAACUUUAAAAAUACCUUUGUCUAGAUUGGAUUGUGGUUGGAUUCCAGCAUAGUGUCCUUGUGUCAGUAUGGUCUACAUCAGUUAAGCACAGAAUAACCUUAAAGUUGUCUUCAUAGCAAAAGCUGUGAUUCUUCAACAAAAAAAUAUACUUGAAUCCUCACACCUCAGUUAUAUUGAUUACACUUGUGAUAGUUUAGCAAUUUCUGGAUAUUAAAACUGUGAUGGAAAAAUGUUUUCAGUAAAUAAAUAACUUCUGUGAAAGCA